AGCUCGUGCCGCAUCGAUAAAGGUUAGCAUAACACCAUUCGCCACCACCCACAGUCAUGCCACCGUCGUCGUCGUCGUCGUCGUCGUUGUGUUGGUCGUGAUUUCAUAUUCUCCUGUGCAGUGGAAAAUCGUGAACCUGAUGAAUGAAAAGUGUUUCGAAACAGCGCGCAACAAUUAUUGUGCAGUUUUAGUGGUGUGCCUCAUCAUCAUCAUCGUCAUCAUCGCUCUUCCUCAUUUGCAACCAACGCACACACGCACGCACGCACGAAACUUCUCGAUGCGGAAGUGGGCGCAGAUCGUUUUUUCUUCAUUCUCUCCCCUCCCACCCUUAUUGCGUUGUGCUGAACACACAGCCACGCACACGGAACCAUCGGAGUGCUUUUUCCUAAAUUGUGUUGCGGUGUGGUUGCGUUUAGCGAUCAAUGUUAAAUCAUGUGACACAUACACACAUCUCAGGGAAGGGCAAAAAAGGUGCAUUGGCAGUGUUUGUUUCCAGCUGGUUUUGGGAUGGUUCGGGACAAAACAGUUUUACAAACAUUUUUACACAGGUGGUGGUGGUGACGGCUGUUCUCUCAAGGCGCAACACGAGGGGCUUGUGGCUGACGGUGUGACAAACCCCCCCCAUUUACAGGUCAACCGCCCAGCAGAGUGGUUGGAGUUUGUGCGUGUGUUAUUGAUAGCAAAUUCAGGUUGUGAUAUUUGGGAAAGUGCAGCAAAAUAAGAUUUAGUGGUGGUGCAUGUAGAAAAGAAAAAUAAUAAUAAUACGCACACACACAUAUGCUCAAACAUCCAAUGUGUACGGAGUGAAGUGGGAAACAAAAACAACGGAGCAGUGUGACGUAGUCGUUGAAAACAAAGAGUGCAGUGUAGCAGUGUAUCGGGCAGCCGAACGCACCCGCAGCGCUCGAUCGUAGUAAACGCAGGAGCGCGACGCGAUACAAACCUAUCAACGAGUGCGUGCUUAGUUGUGUGUGCUAGUGUGUGUGUGUACUUAAGCACAAAUUAAGGCAUCAUCAUCACCAUAGCUGUUAAGCUACGAUAAGGCCAACAUGCUGGGACGGGUGCGGCUCAAAGAGAACGGCAUCAUGGACGAGGAGCUGCCGACGCUGAUGGAGCUGUCGAUCCGCUUCAUGGCGAAGAAUCUCCACGUCAUUUGCAACACCGAUCCGGUCACGCAUCAGCUGGAGCUGAAGGACGAUGUGGUCGUGCCGAACGAAAUUUGCGACAGAUUCCUCCGCUACCAGCAGGACUGCGGGCAGGACAUCAACGAUCGCUUCAUCCAGAUAUUCCGCGACACGGAGAAGACGCCGCUGCGCCAUGUCAGCCUGCGCAACAGCACGAUCACGAACGAGGGCAUGCGCAUACUGCUGCGGCACCAGCUGAACUCGCUGUCGAUGUGGUACUGCAACAAGAUCACGACCGCGUCCUGGAACAUCCUGAUCGAGCACUGCCGGCAGCUGCGGUCGCUCGAGCUCGGCCGGUUCGUCGACAUGCUGAAGCACAGCGAGCCGAACGAGAAGACGCCGAUCGACUUCCAGCUGCUGCUGCCCCGGCUGCAGCGCCUGAAGCUGAACGGGGUGGUGCUGCAGCCGACGAUCCAGUUCAGCCACCUGACCGAGCUGAGCCACCUCGACCUGACCGCGUGCAUCUUUGCCGAGUUCAGCCUGAAGGCGCUGGUCGACCUGCCGAACCUGCGGACGCUCAUCCUGUUCAACGUUUGGCCGCUCGAGCACGAGUUUCCCACGCUGUGCAAGCUGAAGAAUCUCGAAACGCUCGACCUGUCCGUGUCGCGGGCGAACGUCGACGGCAACUAUCUAACGCCUAACAAAUUGCUAGCAAAUUUAGUUGAGAAUCUACCAAAACUGCGGCACCUCGACAUCUCUGGAACGAAUCUGGCCGGCGAUGGGGUGGCCGAACGGGCCGGCUCGUGCACCGGCAGCAGCUCGGACAUCCCGGGCCUGGUGAGCCGCGUGGACCGUCCGCUAGACUUUCUCGGCAUCUAUUACACCUCCCAUUCGGCGUGCAAAUGGCACGACAUCCCGGCGCUAAGGAUCGCGGGUGAAGCAACGGAGGAGCAGAUACUGGUGGCGGCUGUCGCCUACCAGGACCGGCACGAGCUGCUGACGAAGGUACUGAACGACCUGUACCAUCUGCUGCGGUUCGAGACGUGCAAACAGAUACACAAGGCGCUGGAUGUCGUGCUGUCCGCGAUGGACAAGCACAUACGCGUGAAGAACAUUCAGAUCAGUGGCAGUGCCACCCUGUUCUACAUCGUGAAGGGAAGGGAAAAGAUGAAGUUUGGCGUGCCGCUGAAAAACCACAUCAUCCACACGCUGCUGAACGGGAUGUCCACGCACCUGACGGACGAUACGAUGAUGCGGAAUGGCUGCCUAACGCUGUGCCAGUUCAACAUACCGCUCGACGUGAUGUUUGAGUACGAGCGGUUGGUUCAAAUUUUGCUGCACGGCGUAUCGUACCGCGAGCAGGAAGGGUUCGUGCAGCGCAUCGCCAUCUAUCUGCUGAACUCGCUCGCCUGCCAGGUGGACGGCAGCCAGAAGCUGUUUCUGGGCGAUCUAGGUGCUAUAUCGACGAUGUUGAACUUGAUCAACGAUCGAUUGUCGAGGCGCGUCUUUGACGACGUGAUGGAAGUCGCCUGGUCGACGAUGUGGAAUGUGACCGACGAGACGGCCAAGAACUGCGAGCGGUUUCUGGACGGGCGCGGCAUGGAAUAUUUCCUCGGCUGUCUAAAGCUGUUUCCCGAUCGGGACGACCUGUUGCGCAACAUGAUGGGUCUGCUGGGCAAUGUGGCGGAGGUGAAGGAGCUGCGGCCACGCCUGAUGACGACCGAGUUCAUAACCGAGUUUUCCGAUCUGCUCGACUCGUCCAGCGACGGUAUUGAGGUUAGUUACAAUGCCGCCGGUGUGCUGGCCCACAUCGCCUCGGACGGGGCGGACGCCUGGACGAUCGCGCGACCGACCCGGUACAGCGUGCUGGUGCGCAUGGUGGAAGCGAUCGAGCGGUGGGAUCUGUCGGCGGAGCGGAACAUCAACUAUCGCAGCUUCGAGCCGAUCCUCGGGUUGAUUCGCUGCUACCAUACGCCCCAGUGUCAGCACUGGGCCGUCUGGGCGCUGGCGAAUCUAACCAAAGUCUACCCAACCAAGUACUGCAGGGUGGUGGAGCAGGAGCACGGCGUCGAGCUGCUGCAGGAGCUGAUCGAUCAUCCGCAGCCGUACCCGCGGCUCAAGGAGCUGGCCCAGAUAGUGCUGACGCACUGUCGCAAUCUGAGCGAGCCGAUGACCGGUUCCGCGUCGGACGGCAGCACCAACACGACCGACCCGAACGUGAUGGAGCUGGACGGUUAAUGGAAUCGUCUGGGUUGUAUGUUUGUUGCCCCCUCCCCCUCAAAAAAAAACACCCCACUUUACAGCUAAGCCGACCAUCGGAGGAGCAGAGCGCUAUAGGGCACCUAGUGUAGCAUCACAAGUGAUAUGUUAGCGAGCGUGUAAAGGCAUGCAAAAGCAGCAGCGGCAGCAGCAGGAUUGGGGCUUGUAUUUGUUGGGGCCCGCAGUCUCAGAACUCCCUUAGAAGUGGUGCGACACCGUCGGGAGGUUAAAAGCGGCGGUUGACUAUUUAGGCAGUUACAGUCUGGAAGCGAAAUAAAAAUGUCAGUUACCCUACCCGAGAAGAAGGCAACGGGAGUGUGGAAGGGAAUGCUGCUUGGGGUUGGAUGAUGACGGUUGCCCAUGGCAACCGGAAAUGUAACGCACAGCAGUCGUUACACAGUCGCUUGAACGGUGGUAGGCUUUUCUUGUGUGUGUGUAGCGCGCCUUCAGUUUUUGGCAGGUUUUGCUGGGCCCUUCGUUUAGUAGUGAGGCCGAUUUCCUUUCCCCAUCAUAGCUGGUUGGGAGGAUUGCAGUGGUACAAUGGGCAAAGUGGGUGUGUGUGUGCGGGGGCACAGGAUAAUUGUAUAGGAGACGGGAGGCGAUUUUCCAUCCCGCGCAGUGUGGCCGCCACCACGGCUUCCGCUUUUGUUUUUGGUGUAGAAUUGAUGAUGCUUGAUUAUUGCUUUCGAUACAGUUUUCCCUCUCCCCAUCCCCCUCUCCCCCUCCCCCUUUUUUUUCGCGUGUACAUAGUGUAUGUGUGUGUGUGUGUGUGUGAAGCUGUUUAGUAUACAACGUGCGUGGGUUAAGCGAGGAUGAGUUGAAACAGUGCGCGAACGCGUCGCCGCUUGUACCGAGUGUGCGUCAGUGUGUCUGAGAUUGUAAAGGCAGUGUAGGGGGAGCGGGAGCGGGCUAAUGGAGAGGACAGGCAGGAAGAAAAAAACACAACAACCGUGUUAAAGGUGAUAUAGUCGAAUAUCGAAUGCGGAAAACAGUGCGAGAGGAUUGCAAAAGGCUUUAGCGAGGAUAUGUGAUGGAAAUACAGUAAAAAAAAGCACGUGUUUUUGCAAUGUUUGUCGCUUGCGGGACAGACACCAGCACAACACCACCUAGAUAGAGAGAGCAUUCUUGGUUUUUUCCCUCCCGUCCGGUUACGUUUUUUGUUUGUUGAUUUUGUUUUGCUGCUUGCUCUGCUUGCGGGAUUUGUUGUGUGUUUGUGUGCGUCAUCGUUUCGCGCAAAAAUCGUGCUUUCAGUCCAACUAACAAAAGCGCUACAGGCAUUGUAUGUGUAGUAUAUAGGCAAGCAGAUGAUAUUAUGUAUUUUAAAGUACGGUACUUCGAGCCGAUCUUAGUUCGCUUUCUCUCUUUUAAGAUCGGUUUGCGUUGUUUUGCGGUUGACAGAGCAGUGUAUAGGGGUGGGUUUUUGGAUCGUUCACGUCAUACGUCAAGGUGUGACGUUCGUUCUGCCGUAGCCGAACACCGGACGAGCAGUGUAGUAGUAGGCUCUGCUGAUUGCGUUGGAGUGCACAGCGUUACGUAACUUUGUCACUGCCACGCAUUUCACGCGCGGAGUGGUAGAACUAACGAAACUAGCUCACCCACAAUCCAAAGUGUUUACAGCGCCUCUAGCGCAAGCCAGUUGCAAACGGUUGGUUAUUUAGUGAUUCUAGUAGGACCGGCAGCAUCGGGCCACCCAGCACCCCUGGUGUCCGGGGGCGGUGCGGGCUGAUGAAAGCAACGUGAGGUUUACUCUAAAGCAAAACGCCUGUUAAAAAGAGCCGGAAAAGAUCGCAUAAGAUAAUGGAACGAAAAACAGCAACAACAACAACAACAAUAAAAAUAUUAAGAACAAUUUUCGAAAUAACCGAAA